AUGGAGGAUUCACCCCCACGCAAACGGGCUCGUUCGGAGGGCACUCAUGGAUGUGUUGCCAUUGGUCGACACACGCCAGAUUCAAUUCAUGCUUUCUUCACGCAGCUCAGUGCUACGACAUUCGAUAUGAAGACGUUGGCCAACCCCGCCAACUGUAUCUCAGUCACUUUCCCCUCACUACUGCGCACGUCGAUUGAGAUGCAGGGUCCAGUCUACACUCAUAUGGGCGUCCCCAUCGUCCAAGAAAUUCUUCAACAAAUGGAGACAUUGCGUGUCUCAUCAACGCUAGCCCUGCUCGCAACCGUCGGCGCUGGAAAGUCGCAUAUACUUGCUCUCGUAGCAGGGGUGCUGUUUUCCCGAGGCCAUCGAGUUGUGUUCAUCCCUGAUGGGCCGAUGAUCGCGGAUGACAAGAUUUUCUGGCUCAAGCUGGCGUUUGCCCUCGCUUUCGCUGAUGACCAGCAGAUGUUUCAUCGGCUCAGCAAGUUUACCAAGUUGGAAGACUUCGUUAUGCUCGCAAGGGAGUCUCGUGACGAUGUAUAUUUUCUGGUCGACGGCUUUGAUCAGCUCGACGAUGAAAUGAAACAAUUCGUCAAGGCCGCAUCGGGGACACAGAUUCUGGUUUAUACUGCAUAUGCACUGGACACCGGCUUCAGGCGAAAUUCCUGGAUUCGAAUUCCUUCAGGGUUUUCACAGAACGAAUACAACCAUUGGUUGACCCACUAUCAAGACCGAAUUCCUUCCCCUGUUGUUGAGCCAUAUUACAGCUUCAUCGAGUAUACGAGUGGGGCUGUUCCCCGACUCCUCCAGCCUCUCUGUCGCUACGCUGGCUCCCGUCUUGUCGACGCUGUCACAAUGUAUCGUAAUUGCGCCUUCUUCGAGGAUCUCAACGAUGAGGUGGACGAGUUUGUGAUGAAGUCUGAACAGUGGUCAGAAUCCCAACGAACGCGGUUCUACCAAAUCAUGAAUGCCUGUGUGACUGAAACUCUCCCCGAAGUACGUCCAGGGGCAAAUACCGCGCUCUGGGAUCCAAAGUACUUCUACUUCGACAACGAAGGCAGGGGUCACACACACUGUGGAAUUGCACGUGAUGCAGUCAUCGACUUUCUGAGAAGCGUCGACCUUAGCCUUCCUACAUCUCUGUUCACUACAGACGCUUGGUAUGCUUGUGCGCGCUCGCCCAAGAUAAGAAUGCGCUGUCAAGCCAUCACGCAAAUAUGUCUCACUCGAAUCGCCACGGGCGGACUCUCGCAAGCUGACGCCACGGGUGGAGCAAUGCGAAUUCAUAUAUUCCGGCAGACGCUUUCAUUUGGGUGGAUGUUUGAGCAAGCCUUGAAGACACCGCAAGGAACGUCAUCUUUUUUCUGUAUUCCUGGCUUGGAAGUAUGCCGAUUUUUGGCUGGGGUCAUUGUGCGGAUUAACCCGCGGGACAAGAUGGUGCAUUUAAUACCGUUACAGAUCACGACGAACAGCGUUUGCAGUGACCUUGCGACGCCGUUCUUUGCCGUAGUAUGGCACAAGUGGGAGACGGCGAUUCGCGAAGAGGGAUUCAACGUGAUGCACACGUUUGUGUGCGUGGAUAGUCUUUUGGAGAACAGCAAAGAAGUCAUGCGUGCCACGGCCGAACAUCGAGAGAAAGUCAAGUUCAUCUCGCCGCCGUAUACGAUGCGGAGUCUUAGUGCUGCCCAACUUGAUCCCAAAUUGGGAAGGAUCCUUCGGCCAGAGCGCAGUCUACCGCAAGACCUCACGAAGCGACUCCCGUAG